UUGCAUACUGACACUGCUUUGUGUUCCUAAACUACUAAAUUAUCACCCUAGUGCAGGAAGGAAAACAAACAACAAAAAAAAAGGUUGUUUCAAACGAGCAUUAGUCAGCGUUUUAAUUUAGUUGACGUAAAAUGUCAGGACUUCUAAACGCCAGCGUACAGAUGGGCAAGCUAACCAGCUAGCUUGUGGCUAGCUUUAACCCGAGUUGUCACUCGCUGUAGCAAAACAGACGAAUCGUGGAAAAAAAACAACAGCUGAUCUAUCCCGUUACCAUACCUGAACGACCUCUGGGAAACACAGUUAAUAUUUAACGAUAGAUAAGUCUGCAAAUGACGUCUCUCUCUCCCCCCCUUGCUAGUAACGUUAGUUCACGGCUAACAUUGUUUUUGUAGCCAACCGAGCAUUUUAACGCUAGCGUUGAUUGUGACACAUGAAAUUACAUGCAACGCAAGUCGGAUGUCAAUGAGACGAAAACAAACAAACAGUGAAAGGCUAUGUUUCGGUCAGGAAACAACAACAACAACAACAACAACAACAAAUUGUAGGCGUUAGGCAAACGCUCGGUGGUCAGCUAACUAGUUUGAGCUAACGUUUAACCUUUUGCGAUUUGGUGGCGAGGUGUCCGCUCAGCAAAACAUCUGAAGGCAUCAAGUAGAAGACGAGGCAAGCAGGCAAGGCAAUCCGUGAUGGACUCCAGGUCUCGCAGACUUCCUUUUUGUCUGCCAAGCUCAAGAUCGUCCUACACAUCCAGUCCGACAACAACAACCUCCUCCUCAUCGCUCGGCUCCAGUAGGUUGUACAGUAGGGACACAGUGCUGAAUAAUGACCGCUUCCCGAGGGCAUCGUCUUCAUCUUACAAAGCAGACCUGGAACAACAGAAUUCCCGCCUCCUGAGGUCAUCCAGAGACUACACUAGCUCUGACAGUCGCUCCACUAGCUGGAAGUUGCCCUCUUCUCUGACGUCCUCCAGCAGAUCUUAUGACCGCCAGUGGGCUGAUUCCUCUCUCAGCAGCAGGAGCAAACUGACUGAUUCUGAGGGGAGGUUGGGCAUGCGCUCAGUUCUGUUGAACGCCACUGAUGAUGGCGAUUCUAAAAGGGCCAAACUGUCAUACAGCAACAGAGGACUGUACUCAAGAACGCCCAGCACCUCAGUUACAGGAUCCUCCUAUUCCAGUAAUGGGCUUAGCAGUGGCAGAGGUACAGGUGAAAAACAAAAUGACACGUAUGAUUCAUCAUGGAGCUCGUGCCGUUUACUCUCACGGUCAUCAUCUUCCUCCUCAAAGCCGCUGUUGUCCACGAGAGAGAUGGAAACAAAGAAUGAGCCCAGUCUCUCAAGUUUGGGAGAAAGAAGGACUAGGACUUCUGGAUUGGCUUCCUCAUUGUAUCAGACAGACAGGGUAACGUCCACAUAUGCACAGGGAGCUCGGCCUAAAGAGAGUGUCUACUCUCCAUCCUCCUCCUCCUCCUCUUCUUCCUCCUCCACUGCUAGAGAAAGCUCUCUAAAUCGCCACCUCUCAUCUUCCACCUCCCAUCAAUCUUCUCCUCUGGCGCGUGACUUCAGCAGCAGAACCGCAUCUCGUUUCUCGACCGGCUCGUCCACUCUCCACUCAUCUCAGGAACAAAUCAGAAAACCUGAGUCGUCCUCAGUUAAUUCCUCCUCCUACUCCUCCCACACCCCUCGGUACACCACUCCCCUGGCCAGACCAGAGGCCACACUCCCCCCAAGGCCGGCACCUGAAGGCGGAGAGCCUGAGGGCCGUCGCUCCACUCGUCGCCUUUUGUCCCGUUUGUUUUCACGGCGCUCCAGCCAAGACUCUUCUAGUGGCUCAUCCAGUGUUCGCUCCCUUGAAGAUGACAGUCCAUCAACUGGUGGAGAGUCUGUGGACAGUGAUGAGGGAGUCAGGAUGUCUAGUGUGGAGCCUGACACUGGAGGGUCGGAGGCAACCUUGGCUAGCCACAGGAAUCGCAGAGCCGACCUCGCCCCUAUCCAGGAAAAUAACAACGAUGGCUACCGUAGUGGCCUGCCUCGGUCCAGAAUGUCAUUGUGGAGAGAACCUGGCGUUGGCAGUAGUAAUAACACAAGCAGUGGAGGAAGCAGCAGCAGCUCCUCCUCCUCCUCCUGGCUUUCCUCCUCCCUUCGCGGCCGCUGCCCACCUCUCCUCGCUCGCCUCAGAAGACAUACUAGGGACGAGAGUGCGCACUCAGCUGCAGACGUAGAAGAAGGCUACAGCCGGCCCCAGCAUUUACUGAGAAGGUGGGAUAACCUUGAGCAUAGAGCAUCACAGGAAGACGACGACGACGAUGAUGAAGAAGAGGAGGAGGAGGAGGAGGAGAAAGAGGAAGGAGCAGUUGGUUUAGAGGCCUUUGGCGCAGGUCGUCCCUGCAAACUUGAAGAGGAGACGUUACCUGAACUAGAAGAUGCCUCAGUUGAGUAUUCGCCACGUCACAGAGUCGGAGUGUAUGAAAACAUUUCAGUUCCUAUGGGUCCACUGAGUGGAGCUGAGCUGGACAGCCAGAGGGAGAAACCCAUUUCCAGUAGAGAUCAGGAAAAGCUGCGCAAGAUCAAGGAGAGACUGCUGCUGGAGGAUUCUGAUGAAGAGGAGGGUGACCUGUGCCGAAUCUGCCAGAUGGGGGAGGAAUCGUCAACCAACCCCCUAAUUCAGCCUUGCCGCUGUACAGGCAGCCUGCAGUACGUCCACCAGGACUGCAUCAAGAGGUGGCUUCGCUCCAAAAUUGGCUCGGGCACGAACCUUGAGGCCAUCACAACAUGUGAACUCUGCAAGGAGAAACUGCGUUUGAACAUAGACAACUUUGACAUUCAGGAGUUAUACAGGACACAUGUGCAAUCAGAAUAUGAUGAGUUCAUCAGCAGCGGCCUUUAUCUGGUGGUGCUGCUGCAUUUUUGUGAGCAGAGGUUCUCCGAUGUCCUGGGAGCAGUUGAUGCAGCUGGGUUAUUCAACCUGGUGAGAAUUCUUCAUGAACACAUGGACAAUCUUGAAAUCCCCCAUGGUGAAAGCGACGAGGAGAUCCGAGACAACAGACCAUCUAUUGACUUUUCUGACCUGGACGACGAUCUGGAAGAGGAGUACUAAUUAUGUACAAUGAGGGUAAAAAAAAAAACGUUGGUCCGAAAUAUCAAUAUAAUCUAAAGUUGCAGGGCUACUCCAUGUCAUAUGGUAGCUCACCCAGUUUUCGCACAUGCUUUGACAUCGUCAUAUUCAUCUGAAAUGCAACAGCAGUGAGAAAUUGCAGGUGGCUUUUGCUGAUAUGCAAACUUGAAAUGAACUAGUGCGUUAAAUAUUUUGGUUGACACCACCAUAUAUCUGUUUCUAUAAGAGUGCACUUUAUUCAAUUAUAAUAAAAUAAAAAUGCAAGUUUUUUUUAACUGUUAUACCACAAGUGCUUUAAUGUUGAAAUGGCAGAAAUUGAAAAAGCAUAGGGGGAAACAGUGACAAGUUUCAAUUUUUACUUAAGUUGUGAUGUUUAGGAUGCUUUGUUGGAGAGAAAAUUAAAAAGUGGUUAUUCAUUUUAAUGUCUGUGGUCUCUGGCUUUUCCCACUGAGAAUAUGUUUAAAAAGAAGUAAGAACUUACUCCAUUGACUUAAAUUUUCUUCAUCAUUGUUCAGUGUUUGAAAUGCUUUAUGUAUGUACAAAUCUAGUUUCAUGCUUUCAAUUUUGGGAAUAAAGAUUGAACGCAAACUGCC